AUGAGAUUAGCCGCCUACGCCGGGGCCUCCGUGGCUUUGGCCACGGGUGUAUUUCUGAAAUCGCUGCAUCAAAGGGCGAAUUUCUAUGCGGCUUGUGUAUACCUUUCUCAGAGCAGCGCCAAUCUUAUGAUACUGACAAAUGUGUGUCUCCUGGUGGUGGGAUUCUUCCUGUUCUGGCUUCAGCGCCUCCUGUAUGGACCCCUACGACCGAUCGAAACCGAACAGCUGUACGAAAAGGCUUGGUUUGCUGUUACGGAAACAUGCCUUGCGAUGACAAUAUUUCGGGGGGAGUUGGGUGGUUGGUUUCUGGUCAUGUUCGUGUGUCUGCUCGUGGGGAAGGUUUGGGGUUGGAUCGGUGAAGGCCGCGUGGAAUUUCUGGAACAGCAGCCUCCGGCCAGCCCCCGUCUGUUCCAUACCAGGCUGGCGUUGUCGUUGCUCCUGUCGUUUCUGUUUAAUGCAUUUAUGUUGAGAUAUUGCAUCACCACCGUCCUUGAUCAAGCGCGCCCGGAUAUGAUGGUGAUGUUCGGUUUCGAGUUCGCCGUUCUUACCAUUCUGUCGAGCUCAACGGCGGUUAGGUACUCAAUCUCUCUGAUUGAGAUUUACAUUACCCGCCAGCAGGUGAAAGCGAAACUCGAGGAGCGUCGCCAGGAGAUUCGAGCGGCUAGAGUGGCGGCUAUACAAGAGCAUGCGCGGCGCGGAGAAGCCGCACCGCCCACUAAUCUACCUGAUGAGAAUGACAUCGAUGAGAUGGAACUCGACGUCCCCGGCUGGGAAGACAAAGGUAGAUGGGUCUUCUAUCUCGAUCUGGUCACGGAUUUCUUGAAGUUGACAGUCUAUUUGUGCUUUUUUGCCAUACUGUUCACUUUCUACGGGCUGCCAAUCCAUAUCUUGCGCGACGUGGUCGUCACUAUCCGCUCCUUCUGCCGACGGAUUAUGGAUUUCGUUCGCUUCCGUAAUGCGACCCGUGACAUGAACGAACGGUACCCUGAUGCCACUACAGAGGAAGUCGCAAGAGAAGAGGUCUGCAUCAUUUGUCGGGAGGAGAUGACACAUUGGCAGCCGCCUGCGGAUAGAGCUGCGCAGCCAGCUGCCCGGGUUCCCGAUCGCCUGCGUCCGAAAAAGCUUCCUUGCGGCCACAUUUUGCAUUUUGCAUGCCUUAGAAGCUGGCUGGAAAGGCAGCAAAACUGCCCUACCUGCCGCCAGCCAGUUGUUACCCCCUCCCGUCCCCAAGGGAAUGCGAAUAACGUCGCGAACGAGGCACAAGGCAAUGGAGGUGCUGGGGCCAUGCAGAACAUACCAGCUGGGAACCAACCUCCUGGUGGAAAUGGUGCUGCUGAUGGCUUGCGCAGGGCCCGUGUCUAUCAAUUUGGACCCUUCCGGAUUGUGUUCGGUGCCGGUCGAGGUGACCUCUUCCACAAUUUCCAUCGGCAAGUUCAGCAAGGCAAUGUUCCGCUGCAACCAGCGAACAACGCGAAUCUUCCUGGCGCUCGACAGAUUGGCCUUGGGUUUGGAUUCGGAAGACUUCCACCAACAGCUGCCAUGCAACAGCCCGCGCAACCAACACUCACCACCACCUCUGGCGGCGUUCCUGACAUGCGAAAUCAAUUGCAGCAAAUGGAGCAACAGAUCAUGCAGGAAAUCAAUGACCUCCGGGUUACUGCAGACCAGCUCCAUCUAGUACGAUUGCUAGAGGUAGAGCUCCAACGACUUCGAACUCUACAGGGGAAUCCAGCCGAACCCCAGGAUAACAUACCCCAAAGCUCUUCUAUUCCUUUAUCAUCUACAACGACGAUUACUUCACGUCACCAAUUUAUUUCGGACCCCGGUGCUCCUGUCAUGACCGCAGGCGAUACUCGACUACCGGAAGGGCUUAGUCUUCCUCAGGGCUGGUCCCUUAUCCCCCUUCGUUCUGCAGCCCAGCGAUCCGAGGAGGUCGCAAGCACAAGUCCUAGUCCCAAUGUUACCGAGACAGCAACUUUAGCACAAGCACCCGACAGUGGCCCUACUCAACCCUCUUCCACGGAGAAUACCGAGAAUAGAGGCCAAAAUAGUGGUGAUAGCACCACAGCUUCUGCCCCUCCUUCUCAGGGCUUUCCGAGCUGGGGAACGGAUGCGACGCACACGGUGGCCGGUAGUGGUGCCGAAUCACCGUCCCAGCAAUGGACCGAUGUAGGUACGGAGACACCAUUUGGGAAGGAUGAAUUGCCAACUGCAUCGAAUGCAGCGGGAGAGAACGAAGAUAUCUCGUCAGCAUCAUCAUCAAAGGGAAAGGCACGAGUGGUGACCGUCGAAGAUGUAGUAGAUGAAGAUGACGAGAGUUGA